AGACACCCAAACCAGAGUAAAAAAAUAAUCAAAAGUAGCAGUAACCAGCUUGAGUACAGCUACUCUCAAAUGAUUUUGAAUUGAAUGAACACGUCACGUGUUUGGCUACAGAAAGCGGGAAAGAUCGUCACCGCACCGGGAACUAAAGCACCCUUCCAGGAUGAUACCCUCAAGGAAUAAGCCUACAUUGAUGGAGGCAGAAGCAGCAAAUGACAAAGAAGAGACAUAUGCCAUGAGUAGAGGAAAUAUUGCACUUUGCUUUGGUUUGGACCGACAAGAGGAGUUAACAAAUAAAAAACGAAAAACUUUGCUUGACACUUCUGAGUUGGGAGAAGGCUUUUACAGUGAGCAGCUGGGGAUAAAAAGCAACAAAGUGUCAUUGAAAAGGAAGAAGGAAAAAAAAGACAUAAAAUCUGAAUUAAAACAACACAACCAGACAUCCAGUCGUAAAAGGAAACCAAGAAAGGUCCUGGCUGGAGUUAUUGAGAUGACUGAUCAAAAGAAGGUGCAAGAAGACACUGAACAUACAGUAAAGUCUACAUUGAUGGAGGCAGAAGCAGCAAAUGACAAAGAAGAGACAUAUGCCAUAAGUAGAGGAAAUAUUGCACUUUGCUUUGGUUUGGACCGACAAGAGGAGUUAACAAAUAAAAAACGAAAAACUUUGCUUGACACUUCUGAGUUGGGAAAAGGCUUUUACAAAGAGCAGCUGAGGAUAAAAAGCAACAAAGUGUCAUUGAAAAGGAAGAAGGAAAAAAAAGACAUAAAAUCUGAAUUAAAACAACACAACCAGACAUCCAGUCGUAAAAGGAAACCAAGAAAGGUCCUGGCAGGAGUUAUUGAGAUGACUGAUCAAAAGAAGGUGCAAGAAGACACUGAACAUACAGUAAAGUCUACAUUGAUGGUGGCAGAAGCAGCAAAUGACAAAGAAGAGACAUAUGCCAUAAGUAGAGGAAAUAUUGCACUUUGCUUUGGUUUGGACCGACAAGAGGAGUUAACAAAUAAAAAACGAAAAACUUUGCUUGACACUUCUGAGUUGGGAGAAGGCUUUUACAGAGAGCAGCUGGGGAUAAAAAGCAACAAAGUGUCAUUGAAAAGGAAGAAGGAAAAAAAAGACACAAAAUCUGAAUUAAAACAACACAACCAGACAUCCAGUCGUAAAAGGAAACAAAGAAAGGUCCUGGCAGGAGUUAUUGAGAUGACUGAUCAAAAGAAGGUGCAAGAAGACACUGAACAUACAGUAAAGUGCCAGUGUGUGGCAUGGGUGCAAUGUAGUCAUGAGAGCUGUAGGAAAUGGCGAAAGCUUGAUGGAUCCACUGAUCCAUCUUUAUCUGAUGACUGGAAAUGUGAACAAAAUAGUGAUCCACUGUAUAACAAUUGUGCAUUUCCAGAAGAAACAUGGCCAGGGUGUGAAAGUGAGAUAAUUUACGCUUUGUUUAUACCUGGAUCCCUUGUGUGGGUCAAACAGUGGGGACACCCUUGGUGGCCAGCAAUUGUAGAUUUUGAUCCUGAGAUUGCUGAUUUUAUGCUUUUUGAAAAUAUUGAAGCUCAGCUUCCUAAUAAAGUGAAGAAUCAUGCAGUGAGACAAAAAUUGGAAUUAAGUGUAAAGAUGGCUCAGUCUGCUCUCACUAUGGGCAUUAAGGAUCGUAUUCAGAAGUAUGGAUUUUCUACUCCUUGCAAAUUGGGAAUUUAAGGAGGAAAGUACAUGACCCAUGAAGACAGAGGUUAAUGUAUCGAAGAAAAAAUAUAAAACCUGAUGUGAUAUUUUGUUGUUCAUAUUUUUUGUAUUGGUUUGUAUUUUGGUUUGUUUGGUUUAAUAUACAAUCAAACAUUAAAAUAUUAUGUUUUCA